AUGAAAUCCAACCAAGAGCGGAGCAACGAAUGCCUGCCUCCCAAGAAGCGCGAGAUCCCCGCCACCAGCCGGUCCUCUGAGGAGAAGGCCCCUACCCUGCCCAGCGACAACCACCGGGUGGAGGGCACAGCAUGGCUCCCGGGCAACCCUGGUGGCCGGGGCCACGGGGGCGGGAGGCAUGGGCCGGCAGGGACCUCGGUGGAGCUUGGUUUACAACAGGGAAUAGGUUUACACAAAGCAUUGUCCACAGGGCUGGACUACUCCCCGCCCAGCGCUCCCAGGUCUGUCCCCGUGGCCACCACGCUGCCUGCCGCGUACGCCACCCCGCAGCCAGGGACCCCGGUGUCCCCCGUGCAGUACGCUCACCUGCCGCACACCUUCCAGUUCAUUGGGUCCUCCCAAUACAGUGGGACCUAUGCCAGCUUCAUCCCAUCACAGCUGAUCCCCCCAACCGCCAACCCCGUCACCAGUGCGGUGGCCUCGGCCGCAGGGGCCACCACUCCAUCCCAGCGCUCCCAGCUGGAGGCCUAUUCCACUCUGCUGGCCAACAUGGGCAGUCUGAGCCAGACGCCGGGACACAAGGCUGAGCAGCAGCAGCAGCAGCAGCAGCAGCAGCAGCAUCAGCAUCAGCAUCAGCAGCAGCAGCAGCAGCAGCAGCAGCAGCACCUCAGCAGGGCUCCGGGGCUCAUCACCCCGGGGUCCCCCCCACCAGCCCAGCAGAACCAGUACGUCCACAUUUCCAGUUCUCCGCAGAACACCGGCCGCACCGCCUCUCCUCCGGCCAUCCCCGUCCACCUCCACCCCCACCAGACGAUGAUCCCACACACGCUCACCCUGGGGCCCCCCUCCCAGGUCGUCAUGCAAUACGCCGACUCCGGCAGCCACUUUGUCCCUCGGGAGGCCACCAAGAAAGCCGAGUGCAGCCGGAUGCAGCAGGCCAUCCAGGCCAAGGAGGUCCUGAACGGUGAGAUGGAGAAGAGCCGGCGGUACGGGGCCCCGUCCUCGGCCGACCUGGGCCUGGGCAAGGCAGGCGGCAAGUCGGUUCCUCACCCAUACGAGUCCAGGCACGUGGUGGUCCACCCGAGCCCCUCAGACUACAGCAGUCGUGAUCCUUCGGGGGUCCGGGCCUCUGUGAUGGUCCUGCCCAACAGCAACACGCCCGCAGCUGACCUGGAGGUGCAACAGGCCACUCAUCGUGAGGCCUCCCCUUCCACCCUCAACGACAAAAGUGGCCUGCAUUUAGGGAAGCCUGGCCACCGGUCCUACGCGCUCUCACCCCACACGGUCAUUCAGACCACACACAGUGCUUCAGAGCCACUCCCGGUGGGACUGCCAGCCACGGCCUUCUACGCAGGGACUCAACCCCCUGUCAUCGGCUACCUGAGCGGCCAGCAGCAAGCAAUCACCUACGCCGGCAGCCUGCCCCAGCACCUGGUGAUCCCCGGCACACAGCCCCUGCUCAUCCCGGUCGGCAGCACUGACAUGGAAGCGUCGGGGGCAGCCCCGGCCAUAGUCACGUCAUCCCCCCAGUUUGCUGCAGUGCCUCACACGUUCGUCACCACCGCCCUUCCCAAGAGUGAGAACUUCAACCCUGAGGCCCUGGUCACCCAGGCCGCCUACCCAGCCAUGGUGCAGGCCCAGAUCCACCUGCCUGUGGUGCAGUCCGUGGCCUCCCCGGCGGCGGCUCCCCCUACGCUGCCUCCCUACUUCAUGAAAGGCUCCAUCAUCCAGUUGGCCAAUGGGGAGCUAAAGAAGGUGGAAGACUUAAAAACAGAAGAUUUCAUCCAGAGUGCAGAGAUAAGCAACGACCUGAAGAUCGACUCCAGCACCGUAGAGAGGAUUGAAGACAGCCAUAGCCCGGGCGUGGCCGUGAUACAGUUCGCCGUCGGGGAGCACCGAGCCCAGGUCAGCGUUGAAGUUUUGGUAGAGUAUCCUUUUUUUGUGUUUGGACAGGGCUGGUCAUCCUGCUGUCCGGAGAGAACCAGCCAGCUCUUUGAUUUGCCGUGUUCCAAACUCUCAGUUGGGGAUGUCUGCAUCUCGCUUACCCUCAAGAACCUGAAGAACGGCUCUGUUAAAAAGGGCCAGCCCGUGGAUCCCGCCAGCGUCCUGCUGAAGCACUCAAAGGCCGACGGCCUGGCGGGCAGCAGACACAGGUAUGCCGAGCAGGAAAACGGAAUCAACCAGGGGAGUGCCCAGAUGCUCUCUGAGAAUGGCGAACUGAAGUUUCCAGAGAAAAUGGGAUUGCCUGCAGCGCCCUUCCUCACCAAAAUAGAACCCAGCAAGCCCGCGGCAACGAGGAAGAGGAGGUGGUCGGCGCCAGAGAGCCGCAAACUGGAGAAGUCAGAAGACGAACCACCUUUGACUCUUCCUAAGCCUUCUCUAAUUCCUCAGGAGGUUAAGAUUUGCAUUGAAGGCCGGUCUAAUGUAGGCAAGUAGAGGCGGCGUGGGGGAAAGGAAACGUGGCUCUCCCUUAUCAUUUGUAUCCAGAUUACUGUACUGUAGGCUAAAAUAACACAGUAUUUACAUGUUAUCUUCUUAAUUUUAGGUUUCUGUUCUAACCUUGUCAUUAGAGUUACAGCAGGUGUGUCGCAGGAGACUGGUGCAUAUGCUUUUUCCACGAGUGUCUGUCAGUGAGCGGGCAGGAGGAAGGGCACAGCAGGAGCGGUCAGGGCUCCAGGCAUCCCCGGGGAAGAAAGGAACGGGGCUUCACAGUGCCUGCCUUCUCUAGCGGCACAGAAGCAGCCGGGGGCGCUGACCCCCGCUAGUGUCAGGAGAAAAGUCCCGUGGGAAGGGUCCUGCAGGGGUGCAGGGGUGCACGCAUGUGGGGGUGCACAGGCGCUGUGGCGGCGAGUGAGGGUCUCUUUUUCUCUGCCUCCCUCUGCCUCACUCUCUUGCUAUCGGCAUGGGCCGGGGGCGUUCAGAGCAGUGCCCUCCUGGGGUUCCCACGUGCAAAAUCAACAUCAGGAACCCAGCUUCAGGGCAUCGCGGAGACGCGUCAGAUGGCAGAUUUGGAAAGUUAACCAUUUAAAAGAACAUUUUUCUCUCCAACAUAUUUUACAAUAAAAGCAACUUUUAAUUGUAUAGAUAUAUAUUUCCCCCUAUGGGGCCUGACUGCACUGAUAUAUAUUUUUUUUAAAGAGCAACUGCCACAUGCGGGAUUUCAUUUCUGCUUUUUACUAGUGCAGCGAUGUCACCAGGGUGUUGUGGUGGACAGGGAAGCCCCUGCUGUCAUGGCCCCACAUGGGGUAAGGGGGGUUGGGGGUGGGGGAGAGGGAGAGAGCGAACACCCACGCUGGUUUCUGUGCAGUGUUAGGAAAACCAAUCAGGUUAUUGCAUUGACUUCACUCCCAAGAGGUAGAUGCAAACUGCCCUUCAGUGAGAGCAACAGAAGCUCUUCACGUUGAGUUUGCGAAAUCUUUUUGUCUUUGAACUCUAGUACUGUUUAUAGUUCAUGACUAUGGACAACUCGGGUGCCACAUUUUUUUUUCAGAUUCCAGUGUGACAUGAGGAAUUAGAUUUUGAAGAUGAGCAUAUAUUACUAUCUUUAAGCAUUUAAAAAUACUGUUCACACUUUAUUACCAAGCAUCUUGGUCUCUCAUUCAACAAGUACUGUAUCUCACUUUAAACUCUUUGGGGAAAAAAAACAAAACAAAAAAAAACUAAGUUGCUUUCUUUUUUUCAACACUGUAACUACAUUUCAGCUCUGCAGAAUUGCUGAAGAGCAAGAUAUUGAAAGUUUCAAUGUGGUUUAAAGGGAUGAAUGUGAAUUAUGAACUAGUAUGUGACAAUAAAUGACCACCAAGUACUACCUGACGGGAGGCACUUUUCACUUUGAUGUCUGAGAAUCAGUUCAAGGCAUAUGCAGAGUUGGCAGAGAAACUGAGAGAAAAGGGAUGGAGAAGAGAAUACUCAUUUUUGUCCAGUGUUUUUCUUUUUAAGAUGAACUUUUAAAGAACCUUGCGAUUUGCACAUAUUGAGUUUAUAAUUUGUGUGAUAUUCCUGCAGUUUUUAUCCAAUAACAUUGUGGGAAAGGUUUGGGGGACUGAACGAGCAUAAAUAAAUGUAGCAAAAUUUCUUUCUAA